AGAAAUUUAACAGAUAUUCUUAAAACUACUAUUAAGAAGUUUAAUAUACAUUGCUGCAAUCGCAAUAGCGACUCCUGUCGAUGAAGUUUCGGAAAAUACGAGAAGCUAUCUAUCAAAUUACAUUUUAUCAGAAAACGUAAUGCCAAUAUACUAUAAAAUACAAUUCAAAUUUACUUCUGAGCUUCUUUUCGGCGAAUGCGGAAUCAUUAUUUAUAUUAUGGAUGCAACACAACACAUCGGUUUUCAUAUACCGUAUUCGAUGAGUAUAAUCAGAUCAGAUUUAAAACAAAUUAACAGUGUCCCCUUCAAAGCGAAACAAGAUCAAGUUUCAACAGAUGAUGACAAGAUUAUUAUGCUUCAUUUUGACAAAGUCUUAUUACAUGGCAUAUAUAUUCUGUAUAUACGAUUUCAUAUUCCUAUUGAAUUCAUAAUAGAUACUUUCGCAACUCUGCACAUAGGCAGAUAUGGAAACGUACACAAUAGGACAGAAGAGUGGGUAAUCAUAACAGGUGCCCAGACAAAAGAACAGAAAAUAUUGCCAUUUUGGAACAAACCAGAAUUAAAAAUUUGUUUCGACAUUUCCAUAAUGCAUCAUCAAAGAUACAAAGUUUUGUCAAAUAUGCCGAUACGAGAAUCUAAAUUGAUGGAAGAUGAUAUGAUGUUGACAUCUUUUUACAAAUCAAUUUCCACUAUAGAUAGUUUAGUAUUAAUGGAAUCCAGUUUUCAUAGGAUUACCAACUUAAAUAACGCAACUAGCAUGUGGUGCAGAUCGAAAUUAAUACCACAUGUAAAAUUUGCACUACAUGUUGCUGAAAAUAUUACUAUAUACUUAGAAAAAUAUUGGAUUAAUUUCAAAAAAAUUCUUGAAUGGGACCUUCUUUUUACUGAGAGAAAAGUGGAUCAUGUCGCAAUCCCUGAUUUAAAAGAUGAAGUUAAGCAGACUUUAGGAUUCGUUUUCUACAGAGAAGCAGAUAUAAUUUAUAAUGAAGAUCUAGAUCAUGUUGUUCGCAAAAUGAGAAUUGCACGCUUAAUAGCACGUGAGAUGAUACAAAAAUAUAUUGGCAAUCUGUUAAAUCCAUCUUAUUGGUUUCAUCAAAGGUUAAACGAAGGAUUUAUAAUGUAUUUUCAAGAAUAUAUCAUUGAGAAGGCUCUGCCAAAUUCCCGAAUGACGGAUUUGUUUAUAGUUCAAGUUCAACAUGAAAUACUCGAUCUAAACUCAUAUAUUGUUAUAAAUUUUGCUGUACAAUGUAAUUCCUAUCAUGAACAUUAUUACUCUUCUCUUUGUUUUCUCUUUCUCUUUCCUGUCAAAGCAUCCAUUAUAUGGCGUAUGUUAGAACGAACAUUACCACCUGAUAUAUUUUUCAUGGGAAUUAAUAAAUAUUUGAACAAUCAAUUCAAUGACCGUGAAGCAACAACUUCCAAUCAUUUAUGGAACGCUAUGCAAUCUACCAGGAUUGAAUUGGGUUUCAACUAUACGCUUAAUAUAAAAAGCAUAAUGGAUUCGUGGGCUAUGCAGAGAGGGUUUCCCAUAUUGAACGUGAUGCGAGAUUAUUCUAGAAAUGUUGUAAUUAUAUCGGUACAAUUUAACAACACAUUGGAUGAAGAGCAAUAUUAUAUACCUGUUACUUAUACUACGCAGUCGAACCCUAAUUUUACUAUAACUUUUACAAAUAAUUGGUUAACACCAUCGGAUUCAAAAAUUAAAUUCUUUCUUGAGAAAAAUCAAUGGAUUAUUUCCAACUUACAACAAGCAGGAUACUAUCGCGUUUAUUAUGAUACCGAGAAUUGGCGAAAAAUUGCCCGAUACUUAAAUUCUGAAGAAUAUAAAAAUAUACAUGUUGUCAAUCGAGCACAAAUCAUCAAUGAUGCAUUUCAUUUUGCGAUAGAGAAAAAACUUGACUUUUCCAUAUUUUGGCAACUUGCUAAUUAUUUAUCAAGGGAAAAAGAUUACAUAGCAUGGUAUCCUAUGAUCAAAACAUUUGAAUUUUUGUCGCAUUUCAUUCCAUUAUUAAAAUUUUAUCCUGAAUUUAAGGAAAAGUUAAAGUUUAAAUUUUUGAUACGGAAUAUUCAAUUAACGGAGUGGAAUUUAUAUGAAAAUAGCGCCGAUGAUCAUACUAAAUGUUUAAAACAAGAACUCGCAAAGUGGAAAUGUUUUAUAGAUGAAGUUUGGUGCAGAAAAUGGACCAUUCAGCAAUUGGAAUGGCACCUGUUAAAUCCUAAAGAAAAUAAACUUUCGCCUGUAUGGAAGAGAUGGACAUAUUGUAACAGAUUGAAAACGGCAGAUCGUGUAACAUGGGAGGAAUUUUUUCAGCAUUACAUGAAAGAAACUGAUGAUAUAAUUUUCGAAUGCCUGGCUUGCGUUGAAGAUUCUGAACUUAUAAUUAAUUAUUUAGAAAUAAAAUUACCACAAAUUUUGAUAAAUCCUAACCGUCCAAACGAGCAAGAUUUUGCUAAUAUUUUUCUUUCUACUCUUGCGAGGAAUACUAAGUAUAUGCUUAAAGAUUUAUUAAAUAAUUUCGAAAAAAUAAAAUACAGGGAAGUCAAUGAUAUUGUGUCUUUAAUUGUUAUGAUUAACAAUGUGUAUUCCAAGCAUCAAUUGGGCGAGAUAAGCAAUUUUAUAAAACAUGAAAUUGAAGCAUCAAUUCCAAUUUUGGACAUAAGAAGCAUUAUUCCCGAUGUUGAACACAAAAUAGAAAUACGCUGGUUGGAAAUUAAGAAGCAGAUAGAAUAUUUUCAAUUUUUGUACUUUAAUUAAAAAACUGAAGAUCUAUAAGGUAUCGAUGAAGUUAUUUAUACAGCAUGC